ACAAAAAAAAUAAAGUGGUUUAUGUACCCUUUUGAAUUAAAUUGAUAUUUUUUUCGAUGCCAUCUUUAGUAGUCACUAACUUAUUUUACACAAUGCUAAAUAAUUUGAAGGUACUAAAAUCCACCCAUUUGAUAAGGUACUGGAGUAAUAUCCAUGACGGGAGUCCUGUAUAAUCAUUAACCACAUUUCUUCUAAAUUGAAUGCAGUUUGAGGGUGAUGGUCCUACCCAUGGGCUAAUUAGUCGCAAAUUAAAGCAAUGCCGUGUUGUCGUGCAUGUUGGUGCAGUGAAUGGGGACGUUAGUUGACUUGACUGAGCCUUAGUUGACUUGUAAUGAAGUGUGGUUCGUGAGUACUUACAUUACUUAAUAAGUUGGGUUUCAUAUCAGACAUCUCUGCAGUAGUGCAGUCUGCACAUUUCUCUGAUUGAUUGCAUUCAUCAAAAAAUAAUAAUAAUGCAGUACUCUUUUCUUUCUAGUAAUUUUUAUGGCCCGGUCCUCCUCCUCAUUAUUUCUUGUGUGAUCAUGAUUAUGGAGACUCAAUCUGUGUCUGCAUCAUCACAGCUUCAGCUGGAAGCAAAUGCUAUAUUGAACAGUGGAUGGUGGGACACUUCUGUUCCAGGCAUCAAUAUCUCCCGUCGCUGUCAGUGGUAUGACAUCACUUGCAACAAGGCUGGAAGCAUAACAGAAAUCAACUAUUGGGCUUAUUAUCCUGAAGUCGAGAUUCAUUUCGCAAAAUUCAACCUCACUGCUUUCCGGAAUUUAGAAAGUCUUGAUGUUAGGGGAAGUAAUCUGCGAGGGAGUAUCCCACCACAAAUUGGUAUUCUCUCCAAACUCACUUAUCUUGUUUUGUCAAACAAUUCUCUUGAAGGCUCCAUUCCUUGGGAGUUAGGUUCCCUCAAAAAUCUAAAAACAUUGUCUCUAUCUAGAAACAGAAUCAACGGGACCAUGCCUGCUUCACUUGCAAAUCUCACUCAAUUAGAAUAUCUUGACAUUUCCAACAAUCUACUAGUUGGUUCACUUCCUUCUUAUUUUGGCCAAUUAACCAACUUGCAAUGGUUGCAACUAGGUAGCAACUCUAUCAAUGGGACAUUGCCUACUUUUCUUUCAAAUCCCACCCUGUUGGAACACCUUGACAUUUCCAACAAUCUACUGGUUGGCUCCCUUCCUUCUAAUUUUGGCCAGUUAACCAACUUGCAAGAGUUGUGGCUUCAUAACAACUCCAUCAAUGGGACAUUGCCUUCUUCCCUUACAAAUCUCACCCUGUUGGUAGACCUUGACAUUUCCCAAAAUCUACUGGUUGGUUCCCUUCCUCCUAAUUUUGGCCAAUUAAACAACUUGCAGAGGUUGCAACUAAGAAGUAACUUCAUAACUGGUGAUAUACCACCACAGCUUGGAUAUUUGCAUCACUUAGUCUAUUUGGAUCUAAGCCACAAUAACCUCACUGGAACCAUUCCCGGUUCUCUCCAUCAGAUGAUUUCCUUGGACGUGUCCUACAAUUAUUUGAAGGGUCCUAUUCCGAUUGGAUUCACAGGAUACGAUCUAAGAGGGAACAAGGAUGUGUGCAGUGAUCUUUUGGAUGACCAAAUUAACUUUAAAUUCCAACCUUGUCCACAUGACAAACACACCAGUGACAAAAUAAGCAAGAUAAGUGACAAAGUAAAGCACAAACUAGUCAUAGUUCUUCCAAUCCUCGGUGUUUUAAUCUUGGCCUUCUCACUACUUUUGUGUCUUAGUAAACAUCAUAUCACUACAAAUCAUAACAAACGUGCAAACACUACGACAGCUAAGAGUGGGGAUUUGUUUUGCAUAUGGAAUUUCGACGGAAAUAUGGCAUAUGAAGACAUUACUAGAGCAACAGAAGACUUUGACUUGAAAUUUUGCAUUGGGACAGGAGCAUAUGGGAGUGUUUAUAAAGCACAAUUACCUAGUGGCAAGGUUGUUGCCUUGAAGAAGCUCCAUGGCUUUGAAGCAGAGGUUCCAGCUUUGGAUGCGAGUUUUAGAAAUGAAAUCAAGGUAUUAUCAGAAGUAAAGCAUCGACAUGUUGUGAAGCUUUACGGAUUUUGCUUGCACAGAAGGAUCAUGUUUUUGAUCUAUCAAUACAUGGAGAGAGGAAGCUUGUUUUCUGUCUUGUAUGAUGACGCGGAAGCAAUGGAAUUGGAUUGGAAAAGGAGGGUUAACAUUGUUAAAGGUGUUGCUCAUGCUUUGUCAUAUCUUCAUCAUGACUGCAUCCCUCCAAUAGUUCAUAGAGACAUAUCUUCCAGCAAUAUCUUACUUAACACGGAGUGGCAGCCUAGUGUUUCUGACUUUGGCACAGCCCGAAUCCUCCAGCAUGAUUCAUCCAAUCAAACUAUAGUUGCUGGAACCAUUGGAUAUAUAGCUCCAGAGCUUGCAUACACUAUGGUUGUGAGUGAAAAGUGUGAUGUUUAUAGCUUUGGAGUUGUGGCACUUGAAACUUUAGUGGGAAGCCAUCCUAAGGAAAUACUGUCAUCACUUCAAUCAGCAUCAACUGAAGACAUCAAAUUAUGUGAAAUAUUGGACCCGCGCCUUCUGUUUCCAGGCAGGGCUGUUUUGCUUGACAUACUUCAGGUUGCAAUAGUGACAUUAUCAUGCUUAAAUCCAAAUCCUUGCUCGAGACCAACAAUGAAAUGUGUGUCUCAAUACUUCCUCAGACCACUAGCACCACUACACAUUCCUGCCCGUGAAAUUUCACUGCACCAGCUCAUGAGUCAAGAACUCAGCAUGACUUAAAAGUUAAAACUCUGAACCCUUGAAAUUGAAACUUCAAACUGAUGUUGGUGUUAUCAGAAUUUAGUGCAAACUUAUGACCAGGUUUAUCUAAUUAUUAUGUUGCUUCAUAAAGUUAUAUUUAUCACUUAUGUAUCAUUGGUAAACACUCCAUUGGGAUUAGUAUCACCAGAUCAUUUGUGUAUUCAUGUGUUGGACAAAACUGUUCAGAAUGUUUGUUUGAUGAUUUCUCUCAAAGACUAGACAAAAUUUGAACUGAUGGAAUGAAUCUAGUUUAUCCUCUAAUGGAGGUGAAUGACUCAAAAAUGGAACAACUAGAUGUAAUUUUCUAAUUUCAAGGCUCUAUUACCAUUCAGGAUUUUGUGAACGA